GAUUCGCUAGUUUUUUAGUGUGUUGUUGUUGUGAGAAGGAAGAGUGUUUUGUCCCGUGUGUUUUUGUGUCAAUUGGGCUACACACACCACCGACACAGCACACCAUGCCGGAGAAGGAAACUUUCCACGAGCAUAUGCAGGUGCACCCGUUUCAUCAUCCCGGCCAUCCACUGGCCGCACACCAUGGCCAUCAUCCGCAUCCACAGGCGGCGGCAGCAGCAGCGGCGGCGGCCGCAGGACUAUCGGCCCAUGGUCUGAGUGCGGCGGCUGCGGCCGCAGCUGCAGCGGCAUCGGCGGCAGCCGCGGCCAACGGUGGCUACGGUCCCUUGCAAAUCCCGUCGGCAUUUGUGGCGUUCCAUUCGCAGCUUCCUACGGCGGCCGGGCUGGAUCAUCAGCGAUCGCCCCACGAUGGUCGCUAUCUCUGGGAUCCGACGGGCUCACCGUCCGCUUCCUCGUUCCAUCACCAUCCUCACCAUACGUCUCCCCAUGGGUUGACGAAUAAUGCCAACUUUGCCGAAUUGCAGUUCUUGAGUGCGCGUCGUGCGGCGGUCGCCGCGGCCAUGGCUAGCGCUGAAGCGGCCCAGAUGAACGGUGGUACGACAGUGUUACAGUCGCAUCCGCCGGCAACGGGCGCUGCUACGGUGGUACCGUUGACGAUCUCACCGCCGGCCACCUCGGGAGCCUCGCUGAACGGCGACGGCGAACCGCGAUCGAGUAGCACCGGCGGCGCUACGAACGGAGCGACGACGAUCAACGGUAACAACGGACCGUCACCACCGGUCGCCGGUGGCGGUUCCAGCCCGGGGCUACCGAACGGAACGGCGGCGGCUGCCACGACCGGACCGGCGGCGGCGGCGGCGGCUGCGGCGUCCGGACAAACGACGACCAACCUACCCUCAGUGCCAGUGCCCCAUCCUGGGGACUUUCAUCCCGCCUACAGGAUACCCGGUUACAUGGAGCACCUUUACUCACUCCAGCACGCUUCGGCCUCCCUGCACGGUUUGGGGCUGACGCCGGAGUACAUCAAUGCGCGGAACGCAAUCGCCGAUCUGCACCCGGCCAGCUCGCUGGCCAGUGCGGACUUCCACUUCAGCAUCGACGCGGCCAGCCGGUUGAACAGUCCACGGCCGGGCAGUAUUCGGGCCAGCGUGAGUCGCAAACGGGCCCUCUCCUCAUCGCCAUACUCGGAUUCGUUCGACAUCAGUUCGAUGAUCCGCUAUUCGCCCAAUUCACUGGCCUCGCUGGUGAACGCUUCACGGAGCAGCAGUACCAGCGGUUCGUACGGUCAUCUAUCGGCCAGCGCACUCGGACCGGCGGCCCUCGGUAUGCACAGUGCCAUGGCACCGCAUCUGCAGCAUCUGUUGCGCACCAGCAGCUUCGCGUUGCAUUCGCUCCCUGGCCAUCACACACCACCGACGGCUAGUAUGUUCUCGCUGCAUCCUGGACAUCCGCUUCAUCCUGGCCAUUCGUCGAUGAGCAGCAGCAGCAAACCACAGCAAAUUACGGAUCUCUCGAGCAAGAAGCAUGAAACGCCGACUUCCAGCUCGCAAGUGGCACGCGUCGAAGCGGACAGCGCAACGAACGCACAGCAGAAAAAGUCGCGAGUCAAGCGCGAAAGCAUUCCACCGCAUAAGGCUAGCCCACCGUGCGGAUCGGCAAUGAUCACCUCCAACCAUCACCUGAGUCCAACCUCUACCCAGGGCGGACCUACCAACGGUACCGUGUCGGCGACAUCCACCACACAGAACGGAGGUCUCAAUCUCAGCCCAUCGCACCCGGAACAUGGUGCCCGGGGAGGAUCGGAUUCCAAUGGUCCUCCAAUGGGCGGUGGUGGUGGUGGUGGUAUGAUGAGCAUGGUGGAUUGUAAUGGAACCAUGUCCGGUGGCGAUCUGAUGGCUGGGAGUGGCUUUGGCGAUGGUGGUAGUGCACGCGAUGGUCGCGGUUCGCGGGCGGAUACGACCGAUCCGAAGGAUGAACCGGGUGACUUUAUCGAAACCAACUGCCAUUGGCGGGGCUGUGCGCUGGAAUUUAACACCCAGGACGAGCUGGUGAAGCACAUCAACAAUGAUCACAUUCAUGCGAACAAAAAGUCCUUCGUGUGCCGGUGGGAGGAUUGCUCGCGGGAUGAGAAACCGUUCAAGGCGCAGUACAUGCUGGUGGUGCACAUGCGACGGCAUACGGGCGAAAAGCCACACAAAUGCACGUUUGAAGGCUGCUGUAAGGCGUACUCAAGACUGGAGAAUCUAAAGACUCACCUUCGCUCGCAUACGGGCGAAAAGCCAUACACCUGCGAGUAUCCUGGUUGCAGUAAGGCUUUCAGUAACGCUUCGGAUCGAGCCAAGCAUCAAAACCGGACUCACAGUAAUGAGAAACCGUACGUUUGCAAGGCUCCAGGGUGUACGAAGCGUUACACGGAUCCCAGUUCUCUGCGGAAGCACGUCAAGACGGUACAUGGGGCCGAGUUCUAUGCCAACAAGAAGCACAAGGGCAACAAUUACGGUGGUGGCAGUGGUGACGGUCUUGGGGAUGAUGGUGAAGGAUCGAACCAUAUGUUCGAUAGCAGCCCGCGAAGUGAAGACAAGACGACGAGCAUGAGCAGUCCCAGUAUUAAGUCCGAGUCGGAUGCCAACUCACCCAGCCAUCCGCCGAUCAGCAGCCCGAUGUCGAUAUCGGCCCUCAAUGCCGGUCUCGGCGAGGACUUCCACGAAGGUGGUGGUGGUGGUGGUGCUGGUGCUGGUGCUGGUGGUCUUGCAACACUGGAUGAUCCAGCCUGGCCGUACCCGGACGAAGAUCUGGAGGUUGCCGAUCUACCGUACGUACUGCGCGAGCUGGUUGAUCUCGGUGGUGCAACUGGAGCCGCCACCGCGACCAUGUCGGUGCGCAACAACCCGCGCAAUCGGUUCAAGAACCGUAUCAACAACAAGGGUGCCCUGCUUGGUACCAGUCCGUUGUCCAACAUCCCGGAAAUGAACAGUGGAAAUGUGAUGCGCAACUUCGGGCUGGGUGAGCUGAACAGAAAGAUUACCGAUCUCAAGAUGGAACCGGGCACGACGCCACCACCACAACCGAUGGCACUACCCUCGCCAACGACACUAAUCACCAAGAACAGCCAAAUGGAGCCGGGAAGGACGACGUUGCCACAGCCACCCUCGUCGAAUGGCAACGCUACGACGACCACGACCACGAUGAUGAUGAUGAAUGCGUAUCUGAAUCCGGCCGCCGCACAGAACCGUCGCGAUAGUAACAACAGCACGACCAGCAGCUCCUACUACAGUAUGCGAUCGGCGGAUAUUAGCCGGCGUAGUAGCCAGGCGUCACAGCAGAGCACGAUCUCCACGAUGCGGCCGACUUACUACAAUUCCUCGUCCCUGUACGAUCCGAUCUCACCCGGUAGCUCGCGACGGUCUAGCUCCAUGUCGACGGCUACGAACGGUGGACAGAGCCUACCGCCGCCACCUUCUUCGCAUCUGAUCGCGACGCAUCUGCAACGAUACAGUGGCAAUCAUGCCGCUAGCACAAUGGGAGCAUCAGGUGGUGGCCAUCCGAGUGGUGCUAGUGGCGCACGUCACUCCAUUCCCAACAAUAUGAGCAGUGGCAGUGGUGCUGCAGGUAUGGGUGGAUACUACGGUCAACAGAAUAAUGGUGCCAUGGCAGGUCACAUGCUUGAUCGCCGCAUGUCCGAACCGGUAGCAAGUGGGUCCCACGUUGGUGGCAACGGUGUGGGCGGUAUGUCCGGAGGGUCGAUGGUCGGUGGAAUGAACUCUCAGUAUCUCAAUCGGCGUCCCAUGGGAGGAGCUAUGCACUCACGUCCUACCGUUUCGAAUGCACCACCAUCCUGCACCGCCACCUCGGCUACGAUAAAUCACACGAAACCUACACCACCGGUCACUAGCAAACUGCAUCCCAACCAGGAGGUAGUGCUCGAUGAGAUGGACGAGGGUGAAAUGGUGGAGAACAAGCUCGUCAUACCGGACGAGAUGCUACAGUAUCUGAACCAGGUGGCGGAUAUGGCUGGUGAGACGGCUGGAAAUGGCAGCAAACCGGACAACACCCCUAGCCCGGCGCUGGCAGGCAUGGCAGGCCCUAAUGCUGCUGCUGGCAAUAAUGGUAGCAAUCCGUGGAACAACACGCCACAACCGAACACCGGCAAUGGGACCAACCAACUGGCCAACUUUACACAACCGCAGCAGGCCAGCAUGCUGAUGAGUCCACAAUCUCAGUACAGCAACGAUGAUUGCAGUCUGAUGAGCAACGUCAUGUCUCCCCAAACGCCGCAACACCACCAGAUGAUGUCACCGAUGAUGCCCGAGAAUGCUAGUGCACCCCUGACGCCGAGUGCGACCAACAACAAUGGAUUUGCCGCAGCACAACCUAUGCAAAACAUCCAACCUACACCAGUACAGUGUUCGGUGACUCACAACAAUGGUAACGGUGUGCAGAACUUCAAUCGUGGACCCAAUUACGGUCUGAACAAUGGUGCUCAAUGCUAUGCACAACACCAGCAACAACAACAGCAACAGCAGCAUCAACAGCAGCAGCAGCAACAGCAACCAACGAAUGAUCUUAGCCGCCCGAUUGCUUGUUCGAAUUUAAUCGGCUACUAUCAUCGAACUGAUCAGAGUGCACACCAUUGCUGUUUGGCAAUGAUGAUGCAAGGAUCGCUUCAUAUCAACCAACCGCCGACGAUGGCCGUGGGACCCAGUGGCCAACAGCAGCAGCAAUCACAACAAGUGCACCAAGGCCAGCAGCAUCAGCAACAGCAACAACCACAAAGCAAUCAGUUCAAAAAUCCGUUCAGUCUAAAUGUAGCCAGCUUCGCGAACACUGGCCACCAUCAAAGGGGCGACACGCUAGAUGCGGGUGCCGUUUGCAGCAACACAAAUACCGAAAUCCAGUGUGGUGACAUCAGUCAAUCACAAAUGUCUCCGGCAAUUGCAGCGAUGGCUCCGGUGGCCAACGCAACGAUGCAUGGACGCCAGCAGCAACCACUCGUCUCCAAUCCGACCGGCGGCAUGCAGCAGCAACAGCAACAGCAGCAGUCAUCGGCGCCGGUGGUUGCACCGACGCAACCGAUGGAAAGCAGUUUGCAGACUCCACCCCUACCAUCGUCACCGACCGGCUUCGGUGAUCUGGCCGCCGCUGGAGCUCCACCUGCACUACCGAUGUCGCUAACGGAGGACACUGGACUGGGGACGAUCACGGCAGCCGCAGCGGUUCUAGCGAAUGGAGGUAGCAGUGCAGCGAUGGGUAGUGAAUCAUAUCAACGUACUCUCGAGUAUGUGCAAAAUUGCCAAAACUGGAGCGAAUCGGCGGCCGAUAUGGUCAGCAGUAGUACGCACCCAUCGUCGAAUCUCGUCAUUAACGACAUGAGCACGUCGCUAAGCUCAUACUUCGAGGAGGAUCGUUAUUUGCAGAUGAUCCAGUAACCAUCCUAGUGUUUUGUGACGUCCACAUCGUACGUGCCAUAAACGCUUGCACGUGAAACUGUAUACAGAGAGAACUAGAGAGAGAGAGAGAGAGAGAGAGAGAGAGACACAUCUACAAGCACAGGCUACCAGGUAGAUUGAUGGUCCAGAGAUUCCUAUAGAUUUUAAUACUUUCCAGUCUUCCGGUGCAGGAGGAGCUGGAGUGUGAAUGACUGUUUGAAGCUACGUCUACUCUAUCAUCCCAUCCUUCUCGUGUAAUGUAAAGAACCCGUGUAAAGUUAGUACCUUAAUGAUAAAACAUUUUGUAAGGAAUAUUUCGUUGAUUGAUCGUUAUCAAGUGAAUAAACUAGGGGAAAGAAGAGAGAAGCCAUGAAGCCAUGGAACUGGCAGUUACUGAAGUAAAGGGUAUGCAAAGUAGAGCAGUAGUUGUAGAACGUAAGGUACCAGUUUGAGAAGGAAUCCUUUUUAGGCACAGGAUGCUGAAGGAAUGUUGAAUUUAGCUGUUUCAACGUAAGCAUGAAUUAAUGAGAUGAAAUAAAUGAUACACGAA